UCCUCUUAAGUUCUACCUUGGGCAACAGAGCCCCAAAAUUUCACCAGUUAUCAGAGACUACAGCAAAAUCUUACAGAUGAUUCCCAGUAUUCUGCAGUUGCUGGAGAAACAACUGAGGUUCAUCUUCUUCCAACCAUUGACACUUCUACCAUUCAUCCUCUUCUUGUUCUUCUUCUACAAAUGGAUUCAAUUACAAACAAAUUCAAGAAAAAACUUGCCUCCUUCUCCACCAAAGCUACCAAUUCUAGGCAAUAUACACCAGCUUGGCACUCACCCUCACCGCUCUCUCAGAUUGAUGUCUGAAAAAUAUGGAGAUCUCAUGAUGAUUCAACUCGGCAGUGUGCCAACAAUCGUCGUCUCCUCUGCACGAGCAGCCCGUGAGAUCAUGGUAACUCAUGACAUAAUAUUUGCCAACAGGCCAAUGUCAAAGAAAGGUGAGAGGCUUCUGUACAAUUACAAGGAUCUUGUGGGAGCACCUUAUGGAGAGUAUUGGAGGCAGCUGAAGAGUAUAUGUGUACUUCACCUCUUAAGCAACAAAAGAGUUCGGUCUUUUCGCAGUGUAAGGGAAGAAGAAACAGAUGCUCUGAUUGAGAAAAUCAGAAGAGCAGAAUCAUCCCCAGUGAAUUUAAGCGAGAUGUUUAUCGAGUUCACGAAUGAUACGAUAUGCAGGGUUGCCUUUGGAAGGAAGUAUAUUGGGACAGAAGAUGGUAUAAACUUCAGUGAGGUCAUGAAAGAGUUUAACAGGGUACUAGCUGAAUUUAAUGUUGGAGAUUUUAUACCAUGGUUAGCUUGGAUUGAUCGACUGAAUGGAUGGGAUGCAAAAGUUGAUAAGAUUGCUAAAGAGUUUGAUCGAUUUCUCGAAAAGGUAGUUAAAGAACACCAGGAUCGCUUAGAUGGUUGCAGAAAGAAUGAAGAGUGUGACAGUGAAGAAAAAGUGAAGGACUUUGUGGAUGUUUUACUUGAAGUUCAGAAGGAUCAAACACCUCACUUUCCCAUAGACAGAGACAGCAUAAAAGCCCUCAUACUGGAUAUGUUUUCUGCUGGAACUGAUACAACUUCCACCUUAUUAGAAUGGGCGAUGACAGAACUAUUAAGGCACCCUAAAAUUAUGAAAGAACUGCAAAAAGAAGUGAGAGAUAUUACCGUAGCAGAAGCAGCUGUAAACGAAGAAGACUUGGAGCGUAUGAAGUACUUGAAAGCUGUAAUCAAGGAGACUCUACGGCUACAUCUUCCAGUUCCUCUGCUGAUACCCCGACAAUCAACCAAAGAUACCAACAUAUAUGGCUAUAACAUUCCUGCAAGAACAGGAGUUAUUAUAAACGGUUGGGCAAUCCACAGAGAUCCCGCUUCUUGGGAUGAACCUGAAAAGUUCAAUCCAGAAAGGUUCUUAAAUUCUCCAACAGAUUUCAGAGGGCACGACCUCCAGUUCAUUCCUUUUGGAGCUGGUAGAAGGAUGUGCCCAGGAAUUUCUUUUGCAAUGGCAAGCAGUCAGCUUUUAUUAGCAAAUCUCAUGCAUAAGUUUGAUUGGACGUUGCCCCGUGGAGCAGAAGGUGAGACCUUGGACAUGAGUGAGAACUUUGGGAUCAAUAUGCACAGAGGUACUCCACUUUUUUGUGUUGCAAAAGUUCGUAGUGCAGCUGCAGCUAACUGAAGGCUCUGCAUAUAAUUACUCUGAGUUGUGAGCACCAAAUACAUGGGCAGCAAACAGCACAAAAAUCUAUUACAAAUUGGAGUUGUAUGCAAGGAACAAGUCAAUCAAUUUCUACAAAUUUUAUGCAUUUAGUUUCUCAUUUUCCCAUUCCUUUCCUCUUGCUUUCCUAAUAUAAAAAGUCACCAAAAACUGGUUAAAAUUUUUAUUGUACACGUCACCGAGUGCACGCAAGAGCUUUUGAACUACCACCACCAUAUCUUAAGCAAUUGAAAAUGAUCUACAGAUAUUAGAGAACUGUUUUUAAAUUUUACAUUACGUAUCAUCCUAUCCCGGCAUAUCUAAAGAGAUUAUGUGGUUCCUAGCUUAAAAAGGGAUAGUUUUGUAGU